CCGUUUCGUCCCUCUCAAAACCAGGCCACCGCUUUGCAGCUGGGAUGAAAAGCGCAGAGAAAGUAUUUAUCCGCCGGUAUGAAAGAAACCCAGGAAAAGCCUGCCGGAGAGCGGACGCAGAAUUUGAAGUCGAACCAGCGACCCCUAGAGGACACUCAAGGAGCUGAGGGGGCGGAGUUCCAGCACCAUCUUCCGGAGCGGGACGCCCGAGGAGGCGGGCCUUGCUCAGAACGCGGAUGCUGUAUUGAGGGGAGUCGUGGGUCUGUGCAGGUCUCCGGUCCGCUCUUUCCUGGAACGCCAGUUUUAGCUUUCGAGGCUGCAACUUGGAAGCGGAUCGGGAUCAUGGAAAAACGGAGAGAAUCCAACGCGGUGGGGUCGCUUCUGGCAGCCGCUCGGGAAGUGUACAAGAGGGUUUAUGGAGGGGAAGAUCCUAAGAUUGCAGUGUCGGCGCCCGGAAGGGUGAAUUUAAUCGGAGAGCACACGGAUUACAAUCAAGGUUUCGUGCUGCCUAUGGCCAUACAGAUGAGAACAGUAGUGGUUGGGAGUCCAAGGGAAGAUGGAAUCAUAUCCAUAACUACAACUUCAGAGGAAGCUGAAGAGCCUAAAACUGUGCAGUUUCCAGUUCCAAGGGAGGGUGGUUCCUUGAAACCUGGAGAACCUCGCUGGGCUAAUUAUGUAAAAGGAGUUAUCCAGCAUUAUAAAGCUGGCCCUCUCCCAGGCUUUGAUGUUGUGAUAGAGAGUAAUGUGCCAGUAGGUGGUGGUCUCUCAAGUUCAGCCUCCUUAGAAGUGGCUGUGUACACCUUCCUGCAGCAGCUCUCUCCCGAUGACAGAGAUCCAGUUACUAAGGCAUUGGUGUGCCAGAAAGCAGAACACACCUUUGCAAUGAUGCCUUGCGGUAUCAUGGACCAAUUUAUCUCUGUGAUGGGGAAGGAAGGACAUGCCUUGCUGAUAGACUGCAGGUCCUUGGAUACCCGCCUGGUCCCUUUGACUGACCCAGACUUAGUUGUUCUCAUCACCAACUCUAAUGUACAGCACACUUUGGCAGGCAGCGAGUAUCCCACACGUCGGCGUCAGUGUGAAGAGGCAGCCAAGUUGCUUGGCAAGGCAAGCCUGAGAGAAGCCAGUGUGACAGACUUAGAGGAGUCCAGGGGCCUCCUGAGCAAGGAGAUGUACAGGCGAGCCAGGCAUGUGAUUGGAGAGAUAGAACGCACUGCUAGGGCAGCUGAGGCUCUAGAGGCCAGGGAUUAUAAGAGGUUUGGACAGCUGAUGGUGGAGAGCCACAGUUCCUUACGGGAUGACUAUGAAGUUAGUUGUCCAGAACUAGAUGAGCUGGUAGCUGCUGCCAUGGAAGUUCCUGGGGUUUAUGGUAGCAGAAUGACUGGUGGCGGUUUUGGAGGUUGUACUGUAACUCUUCUUGAAUCUGGAGCUGCAGAAAAAGUUCUGAAACAUAUCAAGGAGAAAUACAGCAGGAUAGCGACAUUCUAUUUCACAAAACCUGCUGAUGGAGCUAAAGUACACCUCCUGUCUUGAAAGCUCUUCCACCUUGUCUAUGGGAUUCACUGCUGUACCAGGGCCCAAGAAAAACAUGACACUUUGGGACAGCUUCCCUGGACAUCAGCUUGGGGCAAAGACUUGACUUCUUCCAUAAAAAGGAGCAUCUCAAGCUCAGAUCAGUGAAGUAUUUGAAAACUUGUGUGUAUACGUGUGCGCGCUUGCAUUCGUUCUUCUAGCCAAGAGCCCAGAAGAGAAUUUUGUCUGGCUGUUUUGCAAGACAGUUUGGGGCACAAGACCUCCUUUUCAGUGACAUACUGUGAUGGGUGUGCCUAAACUGUCCUUGAUUUCUGCAUACAGCCUUCUGUGAAAUAUUCUUUCAACAACCUGGAUGGAGAUACUGGGGCUGGGGAAGUCUGGUGCAGAAUCCAUAGCUCCAAAGCAAUUCCCUGUUAUUUUCCCAAGCAGAGGCCAAUCAUGGAAAUAGGCUUUCUCCCUUACAUUGUGCUCUGAAUAUUGCUUCUGCUCUUUCCUUCCUACUUAGCCAUUGGGUAGUUGUCAGAAACAAUCUCCAAUAAUGAAUUAUCCACAGUCACAACUAAACAUCUCCUGAAUAGAGUCGCUUCAUUAUGAGUUUCUUCACUGCAUUCCAUGUUACCACUUGUUACUGACAAGGACAGGCUGGUAUGAGAUACAGUAGUCUCAACCCAUACAAUUGGUGUAGCUAGGCAUUGUGGUUGGGAGGAAGUGGCAACUGUACUAAGUCACGAUGAUAUCAAAAUGACACAAGCAUCAUGACAUCCAUGCAGAUGAUGUGAUUAUGUAAUUGCAUCAUGACAUCUAAUACAAAUAUUUGUCAUUUGUGUGAUGUCAUGAUGCAUGUAUCAUCUGUCUCCCCUCCCUCCACCCCAACUCCUAUCCAGUGAACAUACGUAAUCUAAAUUAAGUAAAAUUUACAAUGAUAGCCUUUUUUGAGAUAGAAUGUAUGCUUGUCUCUACAAGAAUAAAUCACCCUAAUUACUACACAAACUAAGUAAUUGUCUGUGUUCAUUUAUUGUAUGAAACCUUCAUGUGGUUGGUUUUUGUUUUAGCAUGAUUGUGAUCCAGCCAUUGUGGUUUGUAAACGUCAGUUUAUUAUAGCCAAGUGUU